CGCAAUCCCUCCCAUAGGUUCCGAGGGGAAACUGCGUUCCGUGCAUUUGAAAUAAACAAUCUGAUGUAACUAAUCAUGGUAGAAGAAUCGGACCUCAGUCAAGAAGAAGUGUAACAUCUAUGCUCGGUUGUGAGGAGUAGCGAGACGCGGGACUUAAAUGCGCUCUGGCAAUUUAGUAAAGGGAGCGCGGAACUCCCCAGCACAUCAGCCGAACUGAAGCAGCGGCGCUCGGGCACAUCAUGUUGCGCAGACGCCUCAAAUCCUCCCCAGGAUCAAGCACUCAACACAAUGUUGUUUUUUAGACGGUCCGGACUGAAGGAUCGACGGGCUGACCCUCAGACGGAGGGUGGACUGUUAGGGCUGUGGGAUCAUUCUUUAGUUUAAUUCGGAAAUUUUUACUCGGAGAACAACGGGAGGAGAUAUGCUGAAAGAGUUUAUUAGUGCCUGGAUGGGACGAAGCUUAUUUUAUAAGGUAAGUGGAUCAAAAUGCAACUUCUGAGGGACACUGUGCCUUUCAGGGAGCGUCCAGCUGCGCUGGGAGAGGAGGUCUUCAUCCAUGAACCCUCCAUACUUGCUACCCACACACUUUGAAAUCGUCCCUCCCUGAAAUCAAGAGUGACAAUGUGAUGAGCUUUGAUAUCAUUUCCAGCCAAAGCAUGGAUGGAGGGAUGAAAAGGAGUUGUACGAGUUAAUGAGACUAUUGCUCUUGUGUUGGGGAGCUUAGGACAGGCAAUUACUGGAGGAUUACUUGCUGACUUCAACACAGCAUACUCUCCACAAAGCAACCUUGAAGAUCCAUAGAGAACUCCAGCGUGGUGGAUUUUAUUUGUUUUUCUUCCCUUUUUUAAUUACCUGCUGUGCUGUUGUCCAAAGUGUUACAAAAUGGAGGUACAGAUCCGAAUAUGGAAUAAAGACUUUCCUACGUUGAUCAGCCCAUGGAUACCAAUACUGCUAGGCCUUCACUUGCAUUUCUCACGGGCCACGAGCUGUCCGGAGGAGUGUCGAUGCGACAGGACCUUUGUUUACUGCAACGAGAGGAGUCUAACGUCCGUGCCUCUGGGGCUAGGAGAGGGUUAUAAGACCCUUUACCUCCACAACAAUCAAAUCAACAAUGCUGGAUUUCCCCUGGAAAUGCACAACGUUGCCUCAGUGGAGACGGUGUAUCUCUAUGGCAACCAGCUUGACGAAUUCCCCAUCAAUCUGCCCAAAAACUUGCGGGUGCUCCACCUGCAGGAGAAUAACAUUCAGACGGUGUCCCGGGCUGCCCUCGCACAGCUGCUUCGCCUGGAGGAGCUUCAUCUGGAUGACAACUCCAUCUCCACCGUGGGUGUUGAGGACGGGGCCUUCAGGGAGGCCGUCAGCCUCAAAACCCUUUUCCUCACCAAGAACCACCUGAGCAGCGUACCUAUCGGGCUCCCCGAGGAACUACGAGAGUUGCGGCUGGACGAGAACCGAAUUGCGCUCAUAGCCGAGGACGCCUUCGAGAAUGUGACGGGCCUGGAGGUCCUCCUCCUCGACGGCAACCUGCUCACAGACGAGGGCAUCGACCCGGGGGCUUUCCAGAGCUUGGCUAAUCUUAAAACCCUGUCGAUGGCACGUAACUCGCUCAUGUUUCCUCCCCCUAAUCUACCCACUGAGUUUUUAGUCAAGCUGAACUUGCAGGAUAAUCAAAUGAAUGAGAUUCCUUUGGAGGCCUUUCGCAGCCUGCACCGCUUAGAGAGACUGGAUAUUUCCAACAACCAGCUGCAGUCUCUCACACAGGGCGUCUUUGACGGCCUCCGCGGCCUGAGACAGCUCACUGUUCGAAACAACCUUUGGCUCUGUGACUGCAGCAUUAAAUGGGUCAUACUGUGGUUAAAGUCGCUGCCAGCCAGCCUCAAUGUCCGCGGAUUCAUGUGCCAGAAACCAGAGAGGGUACGUGGCAUGGUAAUCAGAGAGCUGACCCUGGAGCUCAUCCAGUGUCCUAACAGCACAGCCACAAUCCCACGAUUCACACAACAGCCCACGCUGCUCUACUCAACCAACGCUGAGUCAGCCACUCAAACGGCCUUCACACCCCCUCGCUCCCUGCCCACACCCACCCCUCCACCUUUUGCACUUCCCCUACCCACCGCGGGUGAGGAACGGAGCACAAUCGUCCCCGACAGCCCGGGGCAGGAAUCGCUGCGGGUUUCUUUCAUCGUGCUAAACGCUUCGUGCAUUCAGGUAAGCUGGGUAUCGACGUUUACGGUCACGGCUUAUAAGGUUACCUGGGUCAAGCUGGGUCACAGUUUGAUCGCCGGCCCCAUGCAGGAGACAAUGGUGGUGGGCGAACACGAGGGAAUCUUGCUGCAAAAGCUGGAGCCCAAAUCCUCCUACCGCAUUUGCGUGGAUCCGCUAGACGCUUUCAACAAUUACCACCCGGGAGAUGAUACAAUUUGCUCAGAGGUGACGACAAAAUCUGUUUCUUUUAAUUCGGAUGACAACGCCACUGGGCCCGAGCAGGCUAGCCAACAGGACCCCAGCUCCCCUCUCCUACUGGCUGGCCUGAUCGGCGGGGCGGUGCUAGUGGUUCUGGUUGUAAUGUUGAGCAUAUUUUGCUGGCACAUGCACAAAAAGGGAAGGUCAGACUCGUCCAAAUGGAAAUACAGCAGAGGCAGAAGAAAAGACGAUUAUUGCGAAGCGGGGACGAAAAAAGAUAACUCCAUUCUGGAAAUGACCGAGACUACCUUUCAGAUAGUUUCUUUAAAUAACGAACAGCUUCUUAAGGGGGACUUUCAUAUUCAACCCAUAUACACACCUAACGGCGGUGUCGGAUUCAGAGACUCCCAAAGCAGAAACAAUAGCACAGCGUACUGUAAGAACAGCGUUCCAGAGUCGGAUCCAUGCCAUAAAUGAUGCUUUUCGACAGAUGACAUCCUUUAUAUUUAGAUCAGACUUGAACACACUGUAUAGGAUAUAUUUCAAAAGACUGUACAAUAUGUAAUUUAUAUUCUGACCAAUGAUAUCGCCUUCUUUUUUUAUAUAACUUAGUAAAACACAAAAUGAUUUGUAAAGUAUUACUUUCUCAUGUUGUGUUACUAGAGCAAAGGAAACCUUUAUACAAACCAAGUCUGUGAAUUGUUGCACACCUGAAACACACAGAGAGUUUACAAAGUUAAACACAAAUCAAUGAAAAGUGCCAUGUGUUUGAAACAUUAAGCUAAACAAAUGUGAGAGGUUUAAUGUGCAAGCAGUGUGCUGUUGGUUUCCCAAAUAUAACCACAAGGUGGCGCUUGUUCUCAUUGCCAGUAUUAAUAUGAAGCCUCAAGCUUUGAGCCAACAUCUCACAAUUUUACUCAACAGUUCACACAACACUAGACAGUCCUUGCAAAACAUCUAAAAACAAAUCCUGUGUGACACAGGACUACAGAGAUAGGCUGAUUUUGUAAGCUGCCAAGCGUACACGCUCUCACAGAGACAUAAAAAUAUCCUUAUGGCUCUCAUACGCCGCUGCAGUUCUGCUCUGAUGAGCUAAAUAUCUCCACUACACAAUAACCAGCCGUAUUUUCUGCUCAUAUUUAUCGUUUGCAUUGUUAUAUAUGAGACACAGAAACUACAUUUCCAAACAAACCAUCAUCUGCAAUGUUUUCCUCAAUUGCUUGCGUACUGCAGUAACUUGAGUUAGAAAGAGCGCAUUUGUUUUUACAAACAGUCAGGCUACUUGUUACAGGUCUACUUAAAUCGCUGAAUUAUAGGGUUUUGCUCUUUGUUUAGAAACAUUUCAACCGUUCCGCUGCCGAGAGAGAUUGCCUCACAGAGUGGAGUCCAGACGUCUGAGACCAUUAAUAAAAAUAUUUUCUUAUUUAACUUUUAGCAUUACACUAUGCUCAUAAACAUGCAAGUAAAAAGGUAAAGUAUUGUGUCAAUAUUUGGGGCUAUUUCUGGGCUAUAAUAACAACAUGCACUGGCAUGGACAAAAUGUAAUGGUCCAUGUUAUCCUGGUAUGAUCUAAAAAUAUUUCAAAGAUGUUUUUGUGGGCUUUAGUGGAAGGAAACUUCUCUACAGAGAAGUAAAGAAUAAUGGUUUUUUUUUUCCAGGAUUAAAUUAGAUGAUUUUCCAUAUUUCAGUAUGGUCUCUGACAUUUGGAUUCUACUUUGUUUCUUUAUAAACCGUAAAUGUGUCCUAUGGUAUGACACAGCAAAAAUGUAGAAAAAACAACAAUAAAGAUAAAUCUCUCUUAUGCUACUUUAUUUUAUAAAUAUUAACAAUACAGAAUUAAUAUAUUUUGAACGGUUAUAUAAUCUGUCUAAAUGUCUUCUGAUUAACACAGAGAAAGAUAUUUGGAAGAAUGCUUGUAACCAAACAGUUCUUGGCCACCAUUGACUACCAUAGUAAGAAAAAUGCGUUAUAAAUGUAUUUGUUAUGUUGAACACAAAAGAAGAUAUUUUGAAGAAUGUAGGAAAGCAAACAGUUCUGGGGCACUUUUGACUACCAUUGUCAUUUUUCCUAUGGUAGUCAAUGGUGGCCAAGAACUGUUUGGUUACAAGCAUUCUUCUUUUCUCUGUGUUCAUCAGAACAAAGAUAAAAAAAAACAUAUUUGAAAAACUCGGUUAAUGGUAAAUGGUGACAGAAUUGCCCAUCAUUAGAGAAGCCCAUGGUUUGGUGCCGUGAGCCAUCUUUGCAAAUCUCUGAAAUCUGUAUGCAACUUACAGCCAUCCUGAAAACUUGACGAAUUAACAUGAUGGCUGUGGUUAGGCGGAAUUUAUAACAUUUUAUCUAUCUCCCCGUCUUAAUCUCGCCUGCAGGACAGCCUCCAGUAGCAACCGAAGAUUACAACAUUGUAAUGGCUUUGAAAUGAGAUCUCAGAGCUGUGAGCAAGUGUCAAUGAGCCAUAACAAAGCAAUAAACAAAACUCCAGAGUUAAUACCACUGCUGACCAGUUUUACGACCGUUCUUCGCUUGAUCUAGCUCAUUUUACACAUACCACCCAUAUAAUGUUAGACAUGCAUCUGUCUCUUUAUCUAAUGACGUGUAUGUGGGAAGAGAUGCACAGAUAACCGUAAGUCACAUAAUGACUGGCCCAUUGAUCAAAAUGGAGGCUUGUGUGAUUGAUCACUAAUGUUCUCAAACAUUAUGUUUCCCUUGAAAAAUAACAAACGUUUAUACGGGGCUGAAUAAUUCAUGAUUCUGCAUAUUGAACUAUAAAAUUUGAAGACUUCUUUCUUUCUUUCUUUCUUUCUUUCUUUCUUUCUUUCUUUCUUUCUUUCUUUCUUUCUUUCUUUCUUUCUUUCUUUCUUUCUUUCUUUCUUUCUUUAAAGGGACAGUGCACCCAAAAAUAAAAAUGUUGUCAUGUUGUUCCAAAUCUGAAUACAUUUCUUCUUUCUUCUAACCAAACAGUUCUUGGCAACCAUUGACUACCAAAGUAGAAAAAAAAUGACAACGGUAGUCAAAAGUGCCCCGGAACUGUUUGCUUUCCUACAUUCUUCAAAAUAUCUCCUUUUGUUGUUCAACAAAACAAAGAAAUUUACAAAUAUUUUUUUUCUACUAUGGUUGUCAAUGGUGGCCCACAACUGUUUGAUUACAAGCAUUCUUCCAAAUAUAUUUCUCUGUGUUUAUCAGAACAAAGAAACGUAUUCAGAUUUGGAACAACUCGAGGGUGAGUAAAUUGGGUGAACUGUUCCUUUAAAGUACAAACAGUUUCAUUAUAUAUGAAUAGAACUGGGUUAUCGUUUGAUCGAUUGCAUCAUUAGUUUGGCUUCACCAUGUCUGAGUAGUCCAAUUUUGCGGCUAAUAAUUUACAUGCAUAAAUAACACAAUAAACUCACACCCGCAGCUCCCCGGCGUGACCUUUCGCUCUCAUCAGGCAGUGUGUGUGCGAGACAGUAAUUAGCCAUUAAAUCUGUACAUCUGGGCCCUCCAGCUGUGUGGUCAACUCUAAAUGAGCUAGAGAAUAAACCAUUAUUCUUUUACCUCCCUCUGUCCCAUCACAGAGACCCAGGGAAAGGCCAGUAGUGUCUGUCUGGUUUAUGAGUGUAGCCACUGGGUUCAAAUCAACACCCAUUUGUAAUCAUAAACAAAUAUCAGAGGGAACCGUGUGACAGUGCAUGCUUCAUUACAAUCAAUUCACAAGGCAAUUCCAUUAUGAUUGCCAGUGUCCAGACAGACAUCUCAGAGAGCUCGCAUUUUUUCUAUUCUCUUUCGACGCAGAUCUUAUGCGCCUUCAUAUGCGACCUCACACUCAGAGGUCAUAUUAUCUAAAUCUGAUCGCUUGGUGACGGGCCCUCAUACCCAACCAGACGCUGUGAUGCCCGACGGACGUGUGCGUCUGCUUGGGAUAUUAAUGUCGGUGUGCUGGAGGGUCUAGCGAACCUGAAAUCUGUGUCAUUAUGGGCCUGCAGCCUGAGGUGAGAGAAACAGUUGGGUGUGCAGCAAUGAAUUGAAUAAACACAGCGUAAUACAAGCCGAUAGAAGAAACCAAGUCAGCUGAAAAACAUUCCCCCUCUCCUACCCUAUUGUGCAAAGCUGUUCGGCAUCAAAAGGCCUUGAGGAGUCAAACUGUAUCCCAUAAUGUUAUUUAUUCGCUUCAGAAGUCACAGCAUCUUUAAUCAGUGUUGUUCUUUUGUGGAUGCAAGGGUUUGUGGUUGAACGUGCAAAUGAAAACUGAGGCUUAAAGGGAUUGUUUACAUGAAAAUGAUUCUUGUUAGCAUUUAUUCACAUUCUAAAACUGUAUCACGUCCUUGCUUACGCAGAACCCAAAAUAACAUUUUGAAGAACGUUGCUAACCAAACACUUGCCCCCGUUAACUUUCGUUGUAUGGAAAACUUCCAAAGCCUUUUUCUGUUGUUCAGAAAAUGAAAAAAAAGAAACAUUGUACUUUUUAAACGAUUCAAUACUGCACUGUCAAAGUUGACAAGCACUUUUUCAUACUUUUUAUUUGUUAGAUAUUUGUAAAACCCAGUGGCAAACAUAAAGGGUGACUAAUAAUAAUGAUUUAUGGCAAACAAUUAAAAUCAGGAAAUACUGUAUGGAGAUACAAGGUUUCAGAAGGACAGUAGCGAUAUACAGGUUCUGGGGGACAUGAGGGUGAAUAAAUGAUGACAAAAGUUUGUUUAUGAGUUAACUAUUCUAUUAAUUCGUCACAAUUUCUACAACAUAUUGCCAUACAGUAAAUGCCAUUUCAAUUCAGGUCUCUAUUCAUCUGAUUUACAGGCUGUCAUUAAAAUAAUAAUAAUAAAGGAAGGUUAACCAUUAACAUUAAUGCAUUUGCAAUACUGGUGUUAACAAACACAACCAUUGCCUCCAGGCUUAGUGAUAGUUCACCCAAAAAAGAAAAUUCGGUCAUCAUUUAC